UAUUAUAAAAACAAAAAACAAAAAAUUAAAAACACGGAAAGACCGCUUCCUUGUUCAAUGGCUUCUUCUUCGAAUGGUUGCCGCCUUCAUCACCACAAUCACCACUGCCCACACUGCCCCCUCCGCCGUCACUGCCACCACUGCCCCCUCCACAACAACAACCCUUCUCACUCCUCCUCCCACAAUUUCACUUCUCCUCCUCCUCUUCAAACUCAAAACCUCCCUCCUCUUGCUCAAAUUUCGCAAGAGCCGGAGCGUAUUGUGUUUGAUGGUGUUGAAGAGGAUGAUGAACCGGUUUUUGUUAUGACCGACGAAUGGAGAGAGUUCUUUGCAAAAUCUGAAGCUAGAAGGAAACUAGAGAAGAAGCAGGCCAAGAAGGGGAAAAAGUAAAAACAGAACGAAAUGUUUGUUAACAAAAAAUUAUCGGAUGGUCAAGAGAUUGUUCGAGGGUUGUUGACAACGAUCCUCGUCUCGAAAAUGUUAUGUCUUCCUAGCCAGAUGUGGUUUGCAAUGUAUGAAAAUAAGGAGUCUUGUCAACACUUUUUGAAAGGAUGAUGAAUUAAUUAAUAUCUAUGUAAUCAUCUUUUGUUAACAAGUCUUAGUAUUGUUUUAUAA